AUGGGAAUAUUUGUGGUUUUAUCUCUGUUCCUAGUUUCAUUUGCAUCAUGUGCAGUCAUCAUACCGGAAGAGCUUCCUUCCUUACUUUCCGUGUUAUAUUCUAAUAUACCACCAAUAAAAAAAGGCACAGAUUCACGUAUUGGGUUUGGUUAUGCUUUUGGCAACCAUGCAGACUUCCAAAUUUUGUUGGAGCUAGGACCUCAAACAGAAACUAUGAAGCUGAAUGGUCAACCAUUUCCGAAGAAUGGUAACAGCAAUAACAAACGCCAAGCGCCCUCUCCACCCACGGUGAAAACUAAUAAGAACAGAGACAAAUUGCUACAAACUGAUGCUGGAAAGUAUCUUCAAAAUUGGGCACAGAAGAUGAAAAAUCCUUCAAAACCAAUGAAAUGGGUUAAACCUGAAACGUUGAAUUUAGAAGAAUCUAUGGUAGAACUAGUAGAGAAUGAAAAAGGAGAGUAUGAGAUUCACCAACCAAACCCUGCCAUAUCUAAACAUAAUUUGGACAAGCUAAAAAGAUUGUAUGGAGAGAAAAAAGAAGAAGCAAAGAAAAUGGGGCAGAGAAGUGAAGAAGAUAUAAAGAAGAUAACGGAAGAUUUAUCUAAUGUGGAUUUGGAA